AUGGCCUCUAGCGGCAGCGACCCUAGCACCCCAGCUUCUACAAUGGGCGGCCGAGACCCCAGCAGCAGGACAAGCAUCUCGACUCCCGAUUCCAAUUCCAGGCCCGAUACCAACACCUCAGACAACAGUCGCUUCCUCUCAAACUUGUCAACCCCCCAGCAGCCACCGCACCUCAGACACGACAACAACGACCGCGACAGAUCCUCCCGGCGCCAAACAUCGUCGUUAGGUGCACAUGAUGCGCCCGAUCCUCGCCCCACCACAACACAAUCUCCAGUAGCUUCAGCAUCGGGUAGUGGUUUGAGCCAGCUUCCAACUGCGGCUCUCCCUUUUCCUGGUCCCGGUCACAGCCUUCCCUUUGUAAAACCUUCCUCUUAUUUACGUCGGAAACCCACGGCAUCUAAGCGUCACACAAUGGCUGCAAAACCGCCGCCCAUGAGUCCGCUCGACAAGGAGCAGAUGCAAGGUUUGAGGGCUAUUCGUGAAUUCCUAAAAGUUCGGACAAGCUACGACGUCCUUCCCCUUUCCUUCCGUCUAAUCGUCCUCGACACGUCGCUCCUGAUAAAGAAGAGCCUCAACAUUCUCAUCCAGAAUAAUAUUGUCUCCGCACCGCUAUGGGACUCCGAGACCUCAACCUUUGCUGGACUCCUUACCAGCACCGACUACAUCAAUGUUAUCCAGUACUACUGUCAAUUCCCCGACGAGAUUGCUCAGCUAGAUCAGUUUAGGAAGAUGCUCAAAACGAGGGCGCGAAGGAUCCCGCUUGUCGACCGAGAUGAUGAGACCGGCCGAGAUACCGUUGUCAGCGUUAUUACCCAGUACAGAAUCCUAAAGUUCAUCGCCGUCAACAAUGAGCACAACACGGUGCUCUUGAAGAAGCCCGUUAGGGAUAUCGGCCUCGGGACCUACAAGAAUCUUGCGACGGCGCGAAUGAACAGCACCGUUCUGGAAGCCGUCCAUAUGAUGGUCGAGAAUAAUAUUUCCUGCAUACCGAUCGUCGACGAGGACAACCGGCUGCUCAACGCCUUCGAGGCCGUUGAUAUAAUACCCUGCAUCAGAGGCGGAUUCUAUGAGGACCUAUCGUCGACACUGGGUGAAGCGCUUUGCAAGAGGUCAGACGACUCGCCCGGAAUCUACAUCUGCACCGAAGACGACCGAUUAGACGCCAUUUUCGACACUAUCCGCAAGUCGCGAGUUCACAGGCUGGUAGUCGUCGACGAUGAGAACCGCCUAAAAGGGGUCAUCUCUCUCUCGGACGUACUAAAGUACGUGUUGCUUCAUGGCGAGGAGGACGAUGAUACGGCGUAA